AACAAUGGAAUGUUGACAAUCACCCGGAUGCAAACUUCGGUCCAUUAGAUUUAGCCAAUAUAUAAUAAUUAGCACAGAUUAGAACAGAUUGCAGAUACAAAAUGCUGUUCGCCAAACACUUCCUGAAACAAGGGCUGCAGGUGGGCCCGUGGAAGGUGACCCGUAAGGUGCUGCUGUUCAUCAUCGCCUUCUGCGUAGUGGUGUUGGCGUUCGGCACACUCAUGCUCGAGACGCACGCCUUCGACGCCGACGAUGACGACGAUGAUGAUGGCAGCUACGAGCGAUACGACGAUGAUGAUUUCGAUGAACACUGGAGAUUUGGAGGCGGCGACUUGUUUAUGAUGAUAUUAAUGGGACUUGCAGGCGCCGGCAUCAUAGUUUCUGCGCUGGCGUGUUGCUUCGCUCAGGUCAAUCCACCCAGCCACUUGGAGUCGCGUCCCGGCGAGCAGGUCUUCACCAUACAACUCACCAAACCUUCAAUAGGUCCUCAGCAUCCUGAGGCUCUCAGCCACUACCAGCACUAUCAUCUGCAACAGCAGCAACAGUUUGAACGGCAAUAUAGGCAGCAGCAACAGCAGCAAGCGACGUCUCAGCAGCAGCAACCAGUGGCUGCACACUCAAUACCACAACAACAGCGGACAAAUUCAUCCCAGCAACAGCAAGAGACAAAUUCGUCUUGCGGUUCCCGGCCUCCGCACACAUCGUCCCGGGAAGGCCUGCGUCACCAGAGGUCUGCCCCUAACACUCAUCGGCAUGUUCGUUCCCCGCCGCCGCCGUACACUCCUUCCCCACCUGCCCAAGCUUCGGCCCCUUCUGCAGCGUCCCCUUCUGAUCAGCCGCCCCCAUACUCACCUUGAAGUUGAUCGUAUAUUUUCUACUAGAGUUAAGUAAAAUACCAUCAUGAUAUUUUGUCCUGGUUAGAAUUAAGAAAAAUACCAUCUAGAUAUUUUGUCCUGGUGUCAACACAUGAAAUUUUUUUACUGAGUUAAGUUAUUAAAAAAAAUGACCUUCUCUGGUGAUGCUAUUUAGUACCAAUGUUGGUUAGUUAUAUGAAUUUUUGCGUGUGAAAAUGAAUUUUUUUUAAUGAGUUACAUGAUUACAAAAAAAUUGACUUUCUCUGGUGUUGCUAUUUAGUACCAAUGUCGGUUAGUUAUACGAAUUUUUGCCUGUUAAAAUGAAUUUUUUUAAUGAGUUCUAUAAUUACAAAAAAAAAAUUGACUUUCUCUGGUGUUGCUAUUUCGUACUAAAUUUGGUUAGUUAUACCAAUUUUUGCGUGUGAAAAUAACUAUUGUUCUACAGUUAUGCAGUGUACGAACUUCCUAUCGAAAGACAAAUGUCAAACUUGAAUUCUUAAGUAGUUUUUGACCGGAACGCUGGAGACAUUUGUGUUCUAUCCAAAGAAAGAUGCUCUUGUAUAAGUAUCAAUAAUCUUUUUAUUUCGAUCGCCAUCAUUCAUACUUCAGCUAGCAACUGAACUGGUGGGGUAGCGCGAUGAACGGCCAAAGUAUUGAAUGCGAUAAAUUCUGGAUGUUUCAAUGUGAACAGGAUUCCGCCGGGUUUUAGGAUUUUCUAGUCCUGCAGGAAGGACUAGAAUUAGCCUUAAUUUUCAGGACUGGAUAUUUGUAGUUAUUUGAAUUUUAACUGCAAUGUAAUAAUCUGCUCCGAUACGUCGGUUUACCAAUGUGCUCAUUUCUUGUUUGUUAAGGCAAUUUGCAUGCAAAAUCUGAUACUCGACGGUGUACUGAACGCCCGAGCGGAUCCAUGUACGUCGUAUGGUUCUUACAGUAUGCGUUCAAGUUAAUAUGAAUAUAGAUUUAGUAACUAAAGUAUUAUUCUAUUCUUCACCUAAUGGAUGUAUAUAAAACAUCACGGACAAAGUCCGCACAACGAUCAUUCAAGGAUGCGCUAUGCGCUGCAGUGAAGGACUGGAAAAAUACGAGCGAAUGGCUUCAUUUCCGAUAAAAUUUUUUUAUAAAUGGUCAAUUCGCGAAUAAAUUUAUUUCGUCGUUUAUGAUAUUAAGGAGUUAGUACCGCACGCCAACGUUUCGAUUGUUUUAUCGGCUGAAUUGCCCUAUUAUCAUUGUCGUUCUUUGGUUAGCAUUUAUUGUACAUAGAUGUUCACAAUUGUUAUGGAAAUAUUAGCAUUAAACUUAUGUUAGUCCUGAAGGAAAUGGAUUCAUCUAUUUUGGAAAUAUAUCUACCUGUAUUGACGACUCAUUGUGAACAAGGUUCUAUGUAUUUUGAAUCGAGCUGAUUUGCACUUGUUUUAUUAGAAUGGAUGCAUAAUACGCCUGAUUUAAGUAAACUUGUAAAUUUUUUUUUC